UUUCAGAACGGAUGCACGGCAGGCGGGGCUAAACGCCGAGAUUCUGGUGUUGUCAUUCUGGUGCGGUGGUCUGUCUCCGUAUGUAUUGUGCACGGAGGGCGGACCAGCAGACAACACAAUGCGGCUCUAGCGACAAUUAUCCGUGUUACCCCACUUAGAGUGCCAGAGGCCCGUGGGACAGUAUUCUCUCCCUCAAAGUGCCGAACAUAAACCCAAAGUCCCGGCGAAUCUGCGAAGAGAGCUAGCGUCGAGGCUAACCCGUUAGCCAUGGAGGAAAGGAAGGAAGAGGGAGAAGCCGAGAUCCAGGAACACGGCCCCGAGCACUGGUUUUCAAAGUGGGAGCGCCAGUGUCUAGCCGUCGCCGAACAGAGUGAGCCACUCGGCGACGAAGACACGGAGCAAAACCAGCAAAAGCUGUGGCACCUCUUCCAGAACUCUGCCACGGCGGUGGCGCAGCUCUACAAAGACAGAGAAUGCCAGCAGCAAGGCCUUUCCCUGUGGGUGCCCUUCCAGAAUGCAGCCACUGCUGUAACUAACAUGUACAAAGAGAGCACUGAGGUCCGCCAGCGCAGCUACGACCUGGGGAUUCAGAUCGGCUACCAGCGCAGGAACAAGGAAGUCAUGGCAUGGGUGAAAAAGCGCCGGAGAACUAUUAGGCGGGAGGACCUCAUCAGCUUCCUUUGUGGCAAGAACCCCCCUCCCAGGGUGGCCAGGGCCCCGCCUCGAGGAGCCAUGGUGUCCGCCAGCCGGCCACCCCCGCCCGAGACGGGCAGCUCCGUAGAAACGGAUCUACAACCCUUCAGAGAAGCCAUUGCCUUGCACGGUCUCAGCGGUGCCAUGGCGAGCAUCUCCGUACGCUCGACGGGCCCACCGCCCGGCUCGCCAACCCACCCAGCAGUGGCGCCAUCCCACGGCCGGCGCCGCAACGGCCUCCACGACGUAGACCUGAAUACCUUCAUAACCGAGGAGAUGGCCCUCCAUCUAGAUUCGGCCGCCAACCGCAAGCGGGCUGCCGCCCCCUGUGCCGAUGUCAUCACGGACUCGCCCACGCAUAAGCGUAACCGGAUGCUCUGAGUGCCACCCCCGUCACACCAAAACAGCCCAAUUAGAACUGAAACUCAGUCGACCUUCCUAGCCUCUAAUGCACCAUCCUAGCUGCAUUGCUAUGUUGAAAUUGAAUAUUAGACUUAAUUUCAACACAUGCUGGUUUCUUAACCGCCUUCAAGUGUGUGUGUGUCCCAUUAUUUUUGUUACCAAGCAUUAUGCACUAUUUAUGUUUACACUCGUGUUUACAUUGGAAGUUACCAGACAUGCGAACACACUUUCUCCCCCUAUUUCGUAUUUUAGUUCACACAUGCUUUGUGAUACAAUCUUUAUGUAACGUGUGUAAAUAAUAAACAAGUAGGCUGUUAUUAUAUGUGGAGAUAUUGUAAAGACAAAAAAGUUAAUUAAAUUGGGGAUGUCCUGUACAAUAACCCAUUAUGACAAUAAAUGAAUUUCAACUUGA